UGGUGGUGGCAGGGUCGCACGGUACCCUCUGCGCCUGCGCCCUGUUGCGAGGUGGGGGCCGCGGGCGCCUGUUCGUAAGGUUCGCGCUGGGAUAGGGGGCAGCUGUCACCCAGACACAGACCGUUCAGCGACGGGAUGGCGACAGCCUCCGCGGCCUUGGACUUGGCGGGCGAGGGCGCCCAGGCGGCAGCCGCGGCUGAGGAGGAGGAGCGAGAGGUGGUACGGGUCCGCGUCAAGAAAUAUGAGAGCUUCUUGUCACCUGAAUUCCGCUCUUUUGCUGUAGACCCUCAGAUCACCUCACUGGACGUGUUACAACACAUCCUCAUCAGAGCCUUUGACUUGAAUGGGAAGAACUUUGGCAUCAGCUACCUGGCACGGGACCGGAUAGGACAGGAAACUUUCCUCUCCCUCCUUUCUGAUUGGGACCUCAGCACAGCUUUUGCCACUGCCUCCAAACCUUACCUGCAGUUACGAGUAGACAUUCGGCCCUCAGAGGACAGCCCAUUACUGGAAGACUGGGACAUAAUAAGCCCCAAGGAUGUCAUUGGUUCCGAUGUGCUACUGGCUGAGAAACGGUCAUCGCUGACAACAGCUGCUCUGCCUUUUACACAAUCCAUCCUCUUUCAGGUGGGCCGUACUUUGUCUAAGGUCCAGCAAGUGCUUAGCUGGUCAUAUGGAGAAGAUGUCAAGCCUUUCAAGCCACCUCUGAGUGAUGCUGAGUUUCACACAUACCUAAACCAUGAAGGCCAGCUCUCCCGUCCUGAGGAAUUGCGCCUGCGGAUCUAUCAUGGCGGUGUGGAGCCUUCACUACGAAAGGUGGUGUGGCGCUACCUGCUGAAUGUGUACCCAGAUGGGCUGACAGGCCGUGAGCGGAUGGACUACAUGAAACGUAAAAGUCGGGAGUAUGAGCAGCUCAAAAGCGAGUGGGCCCAGCGAGUGAACACCGAGGACCUGGAAUUCAUCCGUAGCACAGUCCUCAAAGAUGUGCUUCGAACAGACCGGGCCCACCCCUACUAUGCAGGGCCUGAGGAUGGCCCACACCUACGGGCCCUUCAUGACCUUCUUACUACAUAUGCUGUUACCCAUCCACAGGUGUCCUACUGCCAGGGCAUGAGUGACCUGGCCUCACCCAUCCUUGCUGUCAUGGACCAUGAGGGCCAUGCUUUUGUCUGCUUUUGUGGCAUCAUGAAGCGUCUAGCUGCCAACUUCCAUCCUGAUGGCCGUGCCAUGGCCACCAAGUUUGCCCACCUCAAGCUACUAUUGAGACAUGCUGACCCAGACUUUUACCAGUACCUGCAAGAAGCAGGUGCUGACGACCUCUUUUUCUGUUACCGCUGGCUGCUGCUGGAGCUUAAGCGUGAAUUUGCCUUUGAUGAUGCACUCCGAAUGCUUGAGAUCACCUGGAGUUCACUGCCCCCUGACCCUCCUGAACAUGAAGUAGAGCUUGUUGGACCCCCCAGCCAAGUAGCAGACACUGGCUUUGGUGGCCAUAAGAGACGGCCAGUACGUCAGAGACAUAUGUUGAGACCUGCUGGUGGAGGCAGUGCUUUUGAAGAUGCUGUUGACCACUUAUCCACAUCCAGCCAGGGGCCUGGUGGUGGGGGACGUCUUCUGAGACAAGCCAGUCUGGAUGGUCUUCAGCAACUCAGGAAUAACAUGGGCACCAGAAGGGAUCUUCUGGUCCAGCUGCCCCACCCAGCUGCCCUCAUUAGCUCUAAGUCCCUCUCUGAGCCCUUGUUGAACUCCCCAGACCCACUCCUCUCCUCUUCUUCCCACCCGGAUUCUCCAUCUUCUUCAUCUCCACCAUCCACCCAGGAGGCUUCUCCUGGUGAAAUGGCUGUUGGAUCACCCUUGAUGCAAGAGGCAGGCUCCCCUGGAGACCCUGGGAGCUCCGUGCCACCCCCACCUCCAGUGGGCCUUCCUCCACCCCAGGAGUUUGGCCGAGGGAACCCAUUCAUGCUCUUUCUCUGCCUGGCCAUCCUGCUGGAACACCGUGACCAUAUCAUGCGGAACAGCCUAGAUUACAAUGAGCUGGCCAUGCACUUUGACCGCCUAGUGCGUAAACACCACCUCGGGCGAGUCUUGCGUAGGGCCAAGGCUCUCUUCGCUGAUUACCUGCAGUCUGAAGUGUGGGACUCGGAGGAGGGGGCUGAGGCCACAGCUCCAUCUUAAUUGUGUCCUUCCAUCCCUCCAAGCCCAUUCUUUGUCAUGAGAGCCCACACAUGAGCCAUCACUCCCUGCCUGAAAUCCCUAGAAUGUUGGAACCUGGGGUCCUUUCUCCCAGGUUUGAGUGUGUGGCUCAGCCUUAGCACUGUCCCAUGGAGACUGCAGCCUCUUUUCUGUUUUGUUUUUGUGUGUGAGUGUGAGUGUGUAUGUGUGUUGUUUCUAAACUGUUCUUUGCACACACAAAGGUCACUGUGGUCUGUGUAUUUAUCUGCCUCCUGGAUGUUAUAAGAUGAAGCCACUGUGGGCGCUUUAGCUGACAGGACUGAAAUACUUCAGCUGGUGUAGGGUGGCUCCUGCUUUCUCAGCAGCAGGAAGAGUGACUGCUGAAAAUCAGUUAUAGAAGGUGAGCUCAGACCCAUGACUGCCCUAGAAAAGCCUAAAUUUGUUUUUGGUACGUUUGUCUGCCUGUAAUGUAAAGGUCUGCAUGAUAGCUGUAAAUGUCACUUCAGGACAGGCAGAAAGAGGAAAAAAGUUUCUAGCUCAAAAGAAGGACAAGAUUUAAUACAAAGACUGGGAAUUCAUGGUCUACUUAGUAAACAUAGGGUAGACACCCCUCGGCUACCACACAUCAACAUGUCUAGGAUCUAUACCCUUCUCUGUGAGUCUCAUCAAUGCAUGAUGUUGCUGGCAGUCCUAAGCAAAAUACUAUCACAUUACUUGCUUCAGAGCCAGCUUGAGAUGGAAUAUGCUAUGCUUAGGGCCAUAAACUGGGUUUCCAGUUGAUGGAUACUUAGCUUAACAAUUUUAGCGAUAGCAACCAUUUACUUUCUGCCACUUAUAUGGAAAAAAGAAAUCAAGCACUGAUAAAACUUUGGCCCUGAAAGAGUUCACUUUCUUGGAAGAUAAUAAUCAAAAUUAGGUCCUUGACCAGGAUACACCUAGAUUCCAAGCUACUUGGGAGGCCAAUGCAAGAGAAUCACAAGUUUGAAGUUAGCCUGGGCUACAUAGUGAGAUUCCAAAGGGGGCGGAAAAAGGUAGACACAUUCCCCGGCUUAUCUUCUCUGAAGGUGGAGUUUCCUCACACAGUCUGGGAACUGUCCUGUACUAAGGAUAUGGCAAAUAAUGGAUGUGUCAACUGGGGUCCCUAAGUCAUGACCUAGCUAGUCAGUCAGGUCUGGCUUGAGGUUAUUGUACUGUAUAUUGCUGCUAGAGAUGAGGGGGCAUCAGAGCAGAUAUCUUUUCAUCUGCCUCCCCUCAGAUUGCCAUGUAAAACUGAAGGUGACCCUUUAAAGAGUCCCAUCAUCCCCCAGUAUUAGAGGAGAGGUAUUAGUCACUUGAAGAGCAGGACAAGACUAGAUAGGACACAAGAUUGUCGAAGAUGUUCAGACACUGUAGGUCUACCAAGUGCAUACUAUGAAUGAGGGGCUUGGACUCCAUAGAGAUCAUCCAUAAUAUGGAGUUGUAAGGGCUUUCUGGAGACCUCAAGUGUUCCUUUUGUCAGUAACCAGCUGAUUAUGGGGUGUGGUCUGUAAUUAAUGAGUUUUGAUAUUUAAAGGGCCAGACAAGUCCAUUCUGUGUAUGGUAGCUUGGGACCUUGAGUAUUAAUGAAUCCUCUUGUGAACAGGAGGCUCAGAUGCACUCUAUAAUUACUCUAGAAUAUUUGGGUCUUUUGGUCCCUGCCAAGAUGGCAAAUAAUGUGAGAGGCUGAAGCCCAUCACUGGAGAAACCAUAGAGGAACACGUGGGUUCUAGGGCUGGUGAGAUGCCUUGGUGGGUAAAGGUGCUUGC